CCCUCAGUUGGCCAACGUGAGGAGGAGCUGUUUCUCAACAACCACGGGGAGUAAAGGAGGUGCUCAGUGUUAACGGAGCUGGUCUCAUGUCAAGUAACAGCAGAGAGGAGCAGGAGAAAGUAAAGCCAUCGUUUAUCCACCUCUCGGUGAAGUCUGGACGGUCUCCGUUAACUCCUUUCACAGCCUGACGCAGCGCAGCAGCAACGCCCCGCGGCGAAAUAAGCGCUCACUAUGUCUGAUGGGGACUAUGAUUACCUCAUCAAAUUCCUAGCCCUCGGUGACUCUGGCGUGGGAAAAACAAGCUUCCUCUACCAAUACACAGACUGCAAGUUUAACUCCAAGUUCAUCACGACAGUUGGAAUAGACUUCCGAGAAAAAAGAGUGGUAUACAAAUCAACAAAUCCAGAUGGAUCUUCAGGGAAAGGACAGAAGAUCCACAUGCAGCUGUGGGACACUGCAGGACAGGAAAGGUUUCGGAGUUUGACGACUGCGUUCUUCAGAGAUGCGAUGGGUUUCCUGCUACUGUUUGACCUCACAAAUGAACAAAGUUUCCUCAACGUCAGGAACUGGAUGAGUCAGUUACAGAUUCACGCGUACUGCGAAAGUCCAGACGUCGUUUUAUGUGGCAACAAAUGUGACCUGUCAGAUCAGAGAGCAGUCAGUGAAGAAGAGGCCCGUGAGCUGGCAGAUAAGUACGGAAUCCCAUACUUUGAGACAAGUGCUGCAAACGGGCAGAACGUCAACCAGGCAGUGGACGUCCUGCUGGAUCUCAUCAUGAAGAGGAUGGAACGAUGUGUUGACAAGUCCUGGAUCCCGGAUGGGACCGUCCGAGUCAAUGGACCCACCAACGUAGACAUCUCAGAGGGCUCUGAUAGGAACAAAUGUGCAUGUUAGAAUGAACAAUGGUAACAGUUCAUAUCUGUGGCCAUAAUAGUGGAGAAAAAAAUAGGAAGACAUCCAGGUUUAACAGUGGGAGCAUAUAGAGUAUAAUUGUAUUAUAUGUUAAGUAAAACUUCACAUUAUUUGUGUCCAUUGGCCCACAAAGCACUGCACCGACAUUCAACCAUUAACAUCGUGUGUUAUUGUCAGUACAGAUAACGGGCCUUUUGAAAGUGGGCAUUUAAUUUGAAUUCAUAUAAUGGGUCUUUUGAAUAAUUCAUUCAUAUUGGAGGAUGGGAUAUUUUUUCUUAUGAUGCCUAGCUUAAAUUUACAGUCAGUUAAAUGUUGACUGUGAUACCUGCAGUCAUAGUUUAUUGGGGUUGUAAAAUCUGCUACGGAUGUACUUACAGGAAAACUGAUGCUCUACUGAAUGUCCUGCUGAAUACUGCUAUCUCACCAGUGCCAUAGUCAGAAAUCAUGUUGCUCAUUGACCAUCUAACGUUAGAUGGACAAUUAACACUCACAUUUUAUUUUCUAAAUCACUGUUUGUGCUUGUUUGUCCCCAAAACGUAAAUUAUAGAAUACAGUUCGACUAAGACAUCUACUUUUUAUUAUAAAACAAUAAAUAAAAAAAUUGAUGCUCAGUAGUUUAGUUAAAGGAAAAAAUAAAACUGAGCAGUUACUCAGGAAUGCAGGUAAUUCAUCCGUUUCUAUGAAGGACCCAUGCAAAUAUAUAUAUAUAUAUAUGUAUGUGUAUGUAUGUAUGUAUGUAUGUAUGUAUUUUAGAUUUUUUUUAAUAGCUCACGUUUUUAGAUCAGUUUAUAAUACCACUGAUAUUUUAUAAAUACUUUCACACACAAAUCGAUAUUAUUUCUAUUACACUGUCAUUCUUUCCUGUAUAAAAGGGUAAAAUAUUGUUUUAGUUAAGACACACAAGUAUAUUUUCCCACUCAAUGUUUUAAUCCACAGAAUUUAAAAACAACCACUAAAAUUGAAUUUGAUGAUAUUAGUAAGUCCACACUGAAAUAUUUCAUAUUUUCAAUUGUGCCAUACAGUUUUCAUAUGCAAAAUAUGUAAAUGAUGUCCAAAAAUAAACAAUUUAUUUAUG